AGUGGUUUGCAUGGACUUUGCGUACGAUUUUGUACUUAAUUACCGACGAAAAUCACCUCUGCAGACUAUUUUGACAGUUGGUGGGACAUUUUUGUGUGGUUCUAUGGUGGGAGUGCGUUGAAGGGGGACCUAGACUGAGCGUGCGUCGGGGCUGCCACCAGUUGACCAGCAACGUUGCAAGCGAGGACGAGAGAGACCCGACAGAGUAGUUAGUACACGUACCAGAAGCACUCGGGGAAGCUCAUACAGCACACGCAUACGCAAGAGAGAAGCCGUUGAGAUCGGCCCCCUCGUAACUAAGAAAAAUCGCACUCAUCGUUAUCAAGUAUAUAGGCGGUGUCUGCCAGUGGAAGGAAGUGCGGGGAAAAUACCGGAGGAGCGCCCACCACUCGCCGCCGCUUGAUGUCCGGGUCGUGACGUGAACUAGAGACAAGCCUUCCUAGAUUUUGUUUUUUUUUUGUUGUUGUUUUUGUUUCCGUUUGCUUCACUUUUCGACGAUCGCAACACCCCUGACAACGAGCUUCAGUUGUUCUCUCGUUUGCAUUUCGAGGGAGAAGGGAUAUAUAACGUAGAGAGCAAGAGAUAUAUACAUUUUUUUCCGGUUUGAGGAGUGUGUGUGUGUCUCACUCUCUCUCUCUCAGUCCGUGUGAGUGCGAGUGUGCUGCUAGUUUCGAGUGUGUGCGCGGUUUCGACGAAGGAGGAGAUUUCUUCUUCUUCUACUACUGUCGCCGCUCGGCAAAGAGACAAGCAAAGCACAAGGGAACAGAACAGAGACAGACAGACAGUUUUGGGGGACGUAGUGUGAUCAUCCGUCGUUUGUUUUUUUUUACCGUCUUCGUUUCGCGCGCGUCAAAGUCUGCCGCCGCCGAUACCUAUACAACAAGCGUACAGUUCCCGUCGCCGAGGGCUCAAUCGGAGUCUUUUACCGCUAUUGUUGUUGUUGUUAUUGCUGGUGCAACAUUUCGCGAGAAAUGGCGGCCGAGGAAGGGGCGCGGGAUCGCUACGAUCCGGAACUGAAGUAUCUGUGUGUCGACAGGAAUUUGUACAAUGAUCCGGCGACUCAAGCGGAAUGGACCCAGAAGAGGCUCGUGUGGGUACCCCACGAGAACCAGGGCUUCGUCGCGGCCAGCAUCAAGGGCGAGAUCAACGAUGAGAUCGAGCUGGAGCUGCAGGAGACCGGCAAGAGGGUGCUGGUCGCACGCGACGACAUCCAGAAGAUGAAUCCGCCCAAGUUCGACAAAGUCGAGGACAUGGCCGAACUUACCUGUCUCAACGAGGCCUGCGUCCUGCACAACCUCAAGGACAGAUACUACUCCAGUCUCAUCUACACUUACUCGGGACUCUUCUGCGUUGUCGUGAAUCCCUACAAGAAGUUGCCCAUUUACACAGAGAAGAUCAUGGAGAGAUACAAAGGCAUCAAGCGCCACGAAGUGCCGCCCCAUGUCUUCGCCAUCACCGACACCGCGUACCGCUCCAUGCUCCAAGAGAGGGAAGAUCAAUCAAUCCUGUGCACCGGCGAAUCGGGAGCCGGAAAAACGGAAAACACCAAGAAAGUGAUCCAGUAUUUGGCGUACGUCGCCGCCUCUAAAUCGCCGAAGGGUUCCGGCGCGCACAAAGACCUAAUUAGUCCCACAAGGGAGUUCUCGGGUGGCCUUGAACAACAAUUGCUGCAGGCCAAUCCGAUUCUGGAGGCGUUCGGCAACGCCAAGACCGUAAAGAAUGACAACUCAUCGAGAUUCGGUAAAUUCAUCAGAAUCAACUUCGAUGCUUCCGGUUACAUUGCCGGCGCCAACAUUGAGACUUAUCUAUUGGAAAAGUCACGUGCCAUAAGACAAGCGAAGCAGGAGAGAACGUUCCAUAUUUUCUACCAAUUGCUGGCAGGAGCCUCUGCUGAACAGAAGAAGGAGUUCAUACUGGAGGAAGCGAAAGCAUACCAAUUCUUGCAGGAUGAUAGCCACAUCGUGCCGGGAGUGGACGACUCGCAAGAGUUCCAGAACACCGUGAAGAGCAUGAACAUCAUGGGCAUGACGAACGAGGAUUUCAGCGCCAUAUUUAGGGUGGUGUCUGCUGUGAUGUUGUUCGGGACGAUGCAGUUCCGGCAGGACAGGAAUUCGGAUCAGGCGACGCUGCCCGACAACACUGUAGCCCAGAAGGUGGCCCAUUUGCUCGGCUUAUCGGUCACGGACAUGACGAAGGCUUUCUUGAAGCCACGCAUCAAAGUCGGCCGCGAUUUCGUCAACAAAUCUCAGACGAAAGAGCAGGUCGAGUUUGCUGUGGAGGCUAUCUCGAAAGCCUGUUACGAACGCAUGUUCAGGUGGCUGGUGACGCGCAUCAAUAGAUCACUGGGGCGCACCAAGAGACAGGGAGCCAGCUUUAUCGGCAUCCUCGAUAUCGCUGGUUUCGAGAUCUUCGACCUGAACUCGUUCGAACAGCUGUGCAUCAACUACACCAACGAAAAGUUGCAGCAACUGUUCAACCACACCAUGUUCAUCCUGGAGCAAGAAGAGUACCAACGCGAGGGUAUCGAAUGGACGUUCAUCGAUUUCGGACUGGAUCUGCAGCCGACCAUCGACCUCAUCGACAAACCCAUGGGCAUUAUGGCUCUGCUGGACGAAGAGUGUCUCUUCCCUAAGGCCAACGACAAGACGUUCGUUGACAAACUGGUCAGCGCACACACUACCCAUCCCAAGUUUAAAAAGAGCGACUUCCGUGGCGUUGCCGACUUCUCCAUCAUUCACUAUGCCGGCAAAGUAGAUUACUCUGCCGAGCAGUGGCUGAUGAAGAAUAUGGACCCGCAAAACGAGAACGUCGUCACUUUACUGCAGGCAUCGCAGGAUCCUUUCGUCGUCCACAUCUGGAAGGAUGCAGAGAGUCUUGGUCGCGCCAAGGGCAUGUUCCGAACUGUCUCCUACCUCUACAAGGAGCAAUUGGCCAAUCUGAUGGUCACUCUGAGAAACACAAAUCCGAACUUCGUGCGUUGCAUCAUCCCGAACCACGAGAAGCGCGCCGGCAAGAUCGACGCUCCUCUGAUCCUCGAUCAGCUGCGAUGCAACGGUGUCCUCGAGGGCAUCCGUAUCUGUCGCCAAGGUUUCCCCAACAGGAUUCCCUUCCAGGAGUUCCGCCAACGUUACGAACUUUUGACGCCGAAUGUGAUCAACAAAGGUUUCAUGGACGGCAAGAAAGCAUGCGAGACGAUGAUCAAGACCUUGGAGUUGGACAAGAACCUCUUCCGUAUCGGACAAAGCAAGAUCUUUUUCCGCGCUGGUGUUUUGGCACAUUUGGAAGAAGAGAGAGACUACAAGAUCACCGAUCUGAUAGUCAACUUCCAGGCGUUCUGCCGUGGCCAUCUAUCGCGCAGAAACUACCAAAAACGGGUGCAGCAGUUGAACGCAAUCCGCAUUAUUCAGCGCAAUUGCUCCGCGUAUCUCAAGUUACGUAACUGGCAAUGGUGGAGGUUAUACACUAAAGUUAAACCUCUGCUGGAAGUGACUAAACAGGAGGAGAAGCUGAUGCAGAAGGAGGACGAGUUGAAGCAGGCCAAGGAUAAGUUGGAUAUGCAUGUGAAGUCUGCACAGGAAUUCGAGAGGAAGUUCCAAUCGGCCGUCGAAGAGAAGAUGAUCCUUGCGGAGCAGUUGCAAGCUGAGGUGGAAUUGUGCGCCGAAGCGGAAGAAAACCGUGCUAGAUUGACGGCUCGCAAGCAGGAACUCGAAGAGAUCCUGCAUGAUUUAGAGGCACGCGUCGAAGAGGAGGAGGAGCGUGCGAAUACGCUGAACAAUGACAAGAAGAAAUUGCAGAUCAACAUACAGGAUCUGGAGGAUCAGCUGGAAGAGGAGGAAGCGGCCAGGCAAAAGCUGCAAUUGGAGAAGGUGCAAUUGGAUGCGAAGAUUAAGAAAUACGAGGAGGAUUUGGCGAUGACCGACGACACUAAUCAAAAGUUGCUGAAGGAAAAGAAGAUUCUCGAAGAGCGCAGCGCCGACUUAUCGCAAACCCUGGCAGAGGAAGAGGAGAAGGCCAAGCAUUUAGCUAAGCUCAAGUCGAAGCACGAGGCGACGAUUGCCGAGUUGGAGGAGCGUCUGCUGAAGGACCACCAGCAGCGCCAGGAGUCGGAUCGUUCCAAGCGUAAAGUUGAAUCCGAAGUUAACGACCUCAAGGAGCAACUGCAGGAGAAGCGUACGCAGCUUGAGGAGUUGCAGCUGCAGAUGGGCAAGAGGGAGGAAGAAUUGGCACAGGCGAUGGUGCGCGUCGACGAGGAGGGUGCAGGAAAGGCUGCCUCGCAGAAGGCCCUCCGUGAAUUGGAGAGUCAACUUACCGAGCUGCAAGAAGAUUUGGAGGCCGAGAAGGCAGCUCGCGGGAAAGCCGAGCGACAGAAGCGCGACCUCAACGAAGAACUGGAAGCGCUCAAGAACGAGCUGCUCGAUUCGUUGGACACGACUGCUGCGCAGCAGGAAUUACGUUCGAAACGCGAACAAGAAUUAGCUACGCUGAAGAAGAGUCUCGAGGAUGACACGCAACAGCACGAAGUGGCCGUGUCCGAUUUGAGACACAAGCAUACGCAAGAGCUGUCAGCCAUCAACGAGCAGCUCGAGAACCUGAAGAAGUCCAAGGCCGCUCUUGAAAAGUCCAAGCAAAGUUUGGAGGCUGACAACGCCGAUUUGGCCACCGAGUUGAGAACGGUCGGAGCGAGCAGACAAGAAGGCGACCGCAGACGCAAGCAGGCCGAGAGCCAACUCACCGAACUUCAGGCGAAACUUUCCGAGGUGGAAAGAUCCCGCAAUGAUCUCCAAGAGAAGGCGCAGAAGUUGCAAUCCGAAGCCGACAGCAUUGCCCAACAACUCGAAGAGGCCGAACUUAAGGCUUCCGCCGCAACCAAGAGUCAGGUGACCAUGGAAUCGCAAUUUGCUGAGGCUCAGGCUGCUCUGGAGGCAGAAACGAAACAAAAGCUAGCGCUGAGCUCGCGUCUGCGUCAGCUGGAAGCGGAGAAGGAGACGUUGAAGGAUCAGUUGGACGAGGAGGAGGAGUCCAAGCACAAUAUCGAGAAGCAGCUCGCUACGUUGACCCAGCAAUUGAUCGAGGCCAAGAAGAAGGCGGACGAGGAGUCCGAACAAUCCGCGGUGCUAGAGGAGAGCAAGAAGAAGCUCGCCAAGGACCUUGAGGCGCUGCAGCGACAGGUCGAGGAGUUGACGGCCGCCAAUGAUAAGCUGGAGAAGAGCAAGAAGAAGAUCGCAGCCGAACUGGAGGAUGCCAACAUCGAGCUGGAGGCGCAGCGCUCCAAGGUCAUCGAGCUGGAGAAGAAACAGAAGAACUUCGACAAGACGCUUGCAGAGGAAAAGGCUAUCGCCGAACGCAACGCUGCAGAACGCGACGGCGCGGAACGUGAGGCCAGGGAGAAGGAGACCCGUGUUCUUUCGCUCAGCAGAGAGCUGGACGAGUCUUCGGAGAAAAUUGAAGAACUGGAGCGCGUGAAACGUCAGCUGCAAUCCGAAUUGGACGAACUCGCCAACAACCAGGGCACCGCCGAUAAGAACGUGCACGAGCUGGAGAAGGCCAAACGGUCGCUGGAAUCGCAGCUUGCAGAACUGAAGGCCCAGAACGAGGAGCUCGAAGAUGAGCUGCAGUUGACGGAGGACGCCAAACUGCGUCUGGAGGUGAACAUGCAAGCACUCAAGUCGCAGUUUGAUCGCGAUUUCCAAGCAAAGGAAGAGCAGGCCGAGGAGAAGAGACGAGGAAUCGUGAAGCAGCUGCGUGAUCUGGAAGCGGAGUUGGACGAAGAAAGGAAACAGAGGAGCGCAGCCGUAGCCUCCAAGAAGAAGCUGGAGGGCGAUCUCAAGGAGAUGGAGUCACAGGUGGAGUUGCAGUGCAAGGUCAAGGAGGACGCACUGAAACAGCUGAAAAAGUCGCAGCAACAGUGCAAGGAAGCGACCAGAGAUGCCGAAGAAGCGAGAGCGGCCAGGGAUGAACUUGCCGCUUCGAGCAAGGAUGCCGAAAGGAAAGUGAAGACACUUGAGGCCGAUUUGAUGCAAGCCAACGAAGAUCUGGCGAGCUCGGAGAGAGCCAAGAGAGCCGCCGAGACCGAGCGCGACGAACUGCUGGAGGAGAUGAAUACGAACGGCAACAAGGCGACUUUGCUGACCGACGAAAAGCGUCGUCUGGAAGCCAGGAUAGCCUCGCUGGAGGAGGAAUUGGAAGAGGAGCAGACGAGUAACGAGAUUCUCGCCGACCGCGCUCGCAAAGCGCAGAUGACCGUCGAUCAGCUGACCGCCGAAUUGGCCAACGAAAGAUCUGCAUCGCAGAAGAACGAAUCCGGUCGUCUCCUGUUGGAGAGACAGAACAAGGAGCUGCGAGCGAAGCUGGCUGAGCUUGAGACCGCGCAACGCACCAAGACCAAGGCCACCAUCACCGCCCUCGAGAGUAAAAUCACCAACUUGGAAGAGCAACUGGAGGUGGAGGCGAAGGAACGCUACGCCCAACAGAAGACCAACCGUAAGCUGGACAAGAAGCUGAAGGAGCUGGUGAUGCAGCUGGAGGACGAGAGGAGGCACGCCGACCAGUACAAGGAACAGCUGGAGAAGGUGAACGCCCGCCAAAAGAUAGUGAAGCGACAGCUGGAGGAAGCCGAGGAGGAGCUGAGCAGAGAGAAGGCGCAGAAGAGGAAAUUCCAGAGAGAAUGCGAGGAUAUGUACGAAGCGCACGACUCGCUCUCGCGCGAAGUCAGCAACCUCAAGAGCAAACUCAGGCGCACCGUCGGCAUGGGUUUGUCAUCCACGCGUUUGGCCUCCUCGAAGAGGGGCUCGUCGAUUUCUGCUGGAGGCGGCAACUGCUCCGGAGAUGAUUCCGCCCAAGACGAGAGCAUCGACGGAGAGGACGCCCAAAAUUGAGGCCGUACGACCACCACCACCACCAAUAACAACAAUAACAGCCUCAACGACGCCCACCGUAGAUAGCCUGUCCCGCCCCCCCUCAAUAACAUAACUAUGGAGAUCUAACGCCCCUUACCAAACCCCCCUCCGACCACCGCCCCUGCGCCAACGCAUGACUCUCCCAUCCCCAAACCCUCCGCCCCCCCCACUUUCUUAAUACAUAAUAAUAUUAUGUUUUUUUUAUAUAUAUAUAUAAUUAGUAACUAUGACUACUACUACUACUUAAUACCCCCUACGUGUAUAUAUUAUAAUCGAUUUACUAUUUUUGUUACGAUUGAAGAAGGGAUAUGACAAAAGAAGUAAGAAACUGCAAAAAAAAUUGUAUUAACCAACAGCGAACGAGUAAUCAAUGAGUGACUUACAAGUCUUAUAGUGUACUUAGAUGUGUCUUUUUUUAUAUAUAUAAAUGUACAUGUGUAUCGGGAAGAACACAGGCAACGAGAAGAGAAUUGUUAUCACAAUUGUGAAACAAAUGAAGGAAAAAGAGAAAACAAAAACUACUUUUUAAUAUUAUUAUAUAUAAAUAAGAAUAAC